AGUAACUAGUUUUUUUCCUAAAACUAUAUAAUGUAAACAUCGUUUCCGCCAGCGUUCAAUAGUUAUAGACAUAUCGUUGCAUCUAAUCCAUUUAUUAUUAUGUGUAAUAAUUUAUGAAUAGUGUGAUUGAGUCGUAGAUGGACCAUGAUAGAAAAUUACAGGACUAAGAGCAUAUGUCAUCGACCUUAAUUAUUGCCGCAAGUAAUGAAUUAAUUAUACAAGAUUGUUUGUUUUAAUAUUAAAAUUGUUUCAAAACUGGAUUUAAAAAUACAAAUAUUGGCGAUUAUUAAUUGUUCUUAUUUUCUGUACAUGACUUGCCACUCUUUUACACGCACCACAAUUUACAUCACCUUCUAUUAACACUUGUUGUAAAAACAUAUCUCUCCGACAGCCGAGAGACCGAGCCGUCGGAGUCGUGAAUCGUCGUACGUCGUGGCCGCUACAGCUGGGACACAUCAUAUUUUAUCGUAUUUUCGUUGCAUACGAAAAAUCGGUCUUUAAAGUACUUGGACAUUUUUGGUCAUAACUUAUAAGCCAUCUAACCGAUCUGCUUGCGAGUUCAUCUGUUUUCAUUUGCACAAUAUUUCUGAUCGAUUGAUAUCUUAUACGACUUAAUAUGAUCAGCCGUUUGCCCUGUAGAGCUGACCGAUGGAUUAUCAAAAAUUAGCAUAGCAUUUCAAUAGAACAACUAGGUUUUCUGUUAUUAUCCGUCAGUGGCUACUACGUUUUUUUUUUUUAUUAUGCGAACCGCGCAAAUUGCUACUGCGCAACACUGAAUACAUUUUGUUUUAUGUUAUCAUAUAAUACAUAUUCAUUCUUUUUUAUACUAAUUAUAACCUCGUAAAAACGACUUUAUAGUCUUAUCUAAAAGAAGGGGAGCAGAAGGACUACGCGUCGCUCGCAUCGAUAUUAAAGCGUAUUUUUCAGUAUACAUACUGCAACGAGUCUAUACAGUACCUUUACGUCUAAAGUUUUCUCACACGUCAUCAUUUUCUAAUUUUUUUAAUUAAAUUAAAAUAUUUUAAAUAAGAAUGUCUUGCUAUUCACUCAGUAGCGAUAAUGAAUAUGUAAAAAAAAAGAAAACUCCGAUGAAAAAAACGAAAAAGUAUGCUUCUUAUCAAGAAAAAAUAUUGGAAUUAUUUAAGGAUCAGAAAAUGUCGUUAAAUAUAAAAAAUAAAAUGAAAUAUAGAAAAGGAAAUGAAAUUUUCACCAUAAAAUCAGAUGUUGAUGUCGAAGAAUGUACGGAUUAUUGGACAAUAGAACAUUAUAAAACUAAAAACAUUGAAAAUAUUGAUUCCAGGUACAGAUGGGAGCAUGCUGAAUGUACAACACAUAUAGCAAUAACAGAUCAGGCGGAGGAUCAAGUAAUUUCUAACAAGCUGAACAAACUGAUGAAAUCAAUGCACAAUCAUUUCAUGAGGAAUCGGACAAAAACUGUUAACCAUCAUGCUGUAAAGUAUAAUACAACAUCGUCAUUAAGCGUUGAAAGAUAUUUGAAAAAGUUUGAAGCCAACUGUUUGUUACACGAAGUGAUACAAAUUCCUCCCCCGGAAAUAUCAAAUUUUUAUUGGAAAAAUAACUAUGGAAACAAAUAUAAGGCUUUCAUUCCCACACCAGGUCGCAAUGUUUAUUAUAGUUUAAAAGAAUACGUAGGAGAAAUGGAACUCAAUGAAAUCAAUAUUGACGGAUGGAAAUCCGCAGAAAAAUGUGUAUUGUUAGCUGUUUCGAAUAAAUGUCCUAAAGAUCAACCGUUUAUUGAUCAUAUGGAGUUCUUGAUUGCCAAUUUUGCUGCAUGGGCUGAACAAAAUAAUGAUCACUGGGAAAAUAUUGGAUAUGAUGUGCAAUGUGAAGAUUAUAGACAUUUAAAUAGACACUAUAUCAUCACUGAGUACUUGGUGGAUGAUUUAAAAGAUGUUCCAAUGCAGUUAAGAGGGAAAUGUGGAAGAUUCAGAGGCGCAAUGACAAUAACUCCUGAACACGAUAAUGCAAAAGUAAUUUAUGCGAUGAACAUUGCAUUCCAAUUAGCGGCAAAACGUUUUGCCAAUGAUAAAGAUCUUGGAGUUUAUGCUUAUGGUCGUAAGUAAUUGACCAUUGAAGUUUGGAAUAUAUGCAUAUCAUAAUGUCAUAUAAGAAAAUUAUUUUUAUCAGUUUCUAUAUUUUAUAUUUUUUGUUUAAUCGUUUUUUUUCACAUUUAUUCUAUAAUUUUAUUAUUCUAUAAAUAUUAUUACCUACAUAACAUACAUUUCAUCAGUAUAGAAAAUUAUUGUUCAAAAACAAAAACAUGUAUUAUCUCCUUAUCUAUAUGCCUCUCAAAUUAAUUUUUCGUGUUUCAUUUAUAGUUAACUGUCCUAGUAAACAAUUUAUAUGAAGUACCUGAAUACCUUAAUGGAUUUUAAUUGUAUUUGUAAACUUGAAGCAGUUGUCUUAUCUUUAAAAGCAUCCGAUAAAUAAAUCUUAAUAUAUAUCCACUUAGUUAUAAAAGUGGAUAUUUAUAUUAUAUUAUAUUAUUAUAUAAUAAUAAUAACAAUAAUAAUUUAUAAUUAUUAUAUAAUUUUUUUAUUGUUAUAUUAUUUAUAUUAUAUUUAUAUUUUUUUCAAAUAUUUUAUUCCAUUUUUAUAUUUUAUCAUUUCUAAUAGUCUACCAGAUAACCUAGUUGUUAUAUAUUUAACCUAAGUUGGUGCGCAUUUCACCUUAAUCAAAUUUACUGCCAUAUCGCAUGCAUUUAUGAAUGGAUAUAUGUCAUCUUCACCCGUACACAAAGGUAUAAGCUUAAAUGAUUCUUCCAAUUUUAUGGUAACCAUUUUCUUUACACGUGGUCUUCGUUUGAAUGUUAACUCGGUAGGUUAGAUUGUGUGGCCUAAUUAAACUGCAGUGACCUUGCUACGAGUAACUUUCUUAUUAUCUAAACUUAAGAUUCUAGUAAAGUCGUUUUCUAUAUUCGCUCUAUUGCGUUCACUUGGGCUUCCAAAAAGAUCAGAGAGUUCUCUUGGGCUUUCAGUGGGGUUAGGACAUUUACUAGGACUUCCCUAAUUUUAUUUAAUAUACAUCCAAACUCAAGUCUAUAGACGUCUCGUUCGAUGGAUUAGCUACUUCUAAAGUAGAUGUACCCGUGUUGUCCAUAAAUUACCUUCACACUACAGAUUUAUUUUAUUUUAUUUUUUUAAAUUGUAAUGAUUAUUAAGGUGAAGGAUUUUAAUGUGUUAAUAAAAGUAAAUAAUUAUACUAACA